GGCGAUCUACAUAUCCAUGUAUGAGUUAAAAAUCAGAGAACACAAAAUAUCACGAUAUGUAAACAAAAAACAUGUGUAACGUGACAUGAAGAAAGUGGCUCACAGUUUGUCCCUUGUUACACCAGAUUACUUCAAGGUUCACCACAAAAAUUUAAAUUAAGUAGUUCGUCACAUCGUAUGUUCAUUGUUUUAUUAGUCCUCAGAGAAAAUUGUACUAUGUCUGCAGGCAAAAGUUGUCAGUUGCCUCAAGGAAUUAUAGAUUCUUUAAACUGAAAAUUAUUUCAUUCUUUUACCGAUAUUUAAAUUGCGCCCGAAAAAAUGUGUAAUUCACGGACAGCGGAAUUUAUAAAUAUAUAGGUUACUUGGAAUUAAGUGCAGCUGUUUCAACGUAGUGUGGUUAUAAAGUGACCAAGAGACAUAUUCACUGACUACGCAAUUUUUUAAGAAUAUUUAUAGUUUCUUUCGAAGGUCUUGCCUUCACAAGGAUCACUGCUACCUUUUCGGGAUCGAACCCAAGCAACCAAUAAAGGCGAAUGAAGGGGAAAAUGCGUUGGAAAAUAAUGGGUAAACGCGCCCGAAUGUCUGCUUGUCCGUCUGAGAAGAAGAAUUAAUGCGAAUUUUCCCUUUUUGUCUUUCUGUGUAGCACCCCAAAGUUUGGGGAAAUUUUGGGUUUUUCCCUGAGAUCUCCCCUAACCCGAGCUCCCAAUUUUGGGGAAAAUUUGACACAUUUUGGGGAAGCCGCUGUAGUACACUUCGGGGAAACUGCACUAAAACCCCAAAAUUUUCCCGGACCUGGGUAAAUUCCCCAAACAUUGGCGAAGGUCAUUUGACUUCGGGAUUUUCCACAAAAUUGGGAGCUUGGGUAAAUUUAAGAAAGUAGACGAAAUCUGUUUGGGGACUACCGGCCAAUAAGUUAGUUAGAGAGUUUAAACACUGGUUGUGUAGUAUGGAUUGUCUGUAAUAAAUGUUGGUAAAACAAAACAACGGCGAAUUAAAUAUAAAAGACUGGAAAAGAAGUAAUAAGUCUACAUUUGUAUUCCUGGUACAUCGUUAUCCUUAAAAAGGAGGUUCUGUGUUGCGAAAUGUGUUGGUUUGUGUGAGAGCAUCUUGAUAUGCCUCAUCAAGACGCCUAAAUUUGUUCCUUAUGUUUUGAAACAUUGUCCUGACAAUUUUCUUUUGAAUUAAAUAGCGCAGCGUUUUAUACACAAUGCUUAACUGGAUGAAGAAGCGAAUUAUGUGAACUUUAAUGCAUGAACUUGACAACCUGGGACAGCAGUGAUGCAUUCGCGUGGAAUUAACACUUAUAUGGUCUCAUUAGCUUACUGUGGAACACCGAGAUAUUACAGCAUUGAACGAUUAAGCCUGCCGGUGGAAAACUUAUCUGGCAAAUGGAAAGUACUAAAUCUAAGAUCAUCAGGUGUCUCCGUAUUACAUAUAUAAUGCGUAUGAUGCAGACUUGAAUUGAUUGAACAACGCUAAGUUGUCUGAAUAAAUAGUUAAGUUUAAGAAAAUAAAUAAAAUUGUUGCCGUUUGGUCCAUUGGGUAACUUCAGAUGACUAAGGAAUACUUACAGUUGACAACUGGUUGUCGAACUUUUCCGAAGACUAGUUUCUUCAUGUAAUGAGAAACCUGGCAUUAUAGAAACGCGGGAUUUGUUAUAUACAGUUCAGUCCAUCCAAGUGAAUCCUACAUAGAUCCCCAUUUCUACUUCAUCAACUAUCAGUGCUAACUUCAAAUUUCAGAAGGGUGUGAAAAUUAAAAACUGACUUGGAUAUUACAUCCAUUUCACUGAGUUAUUGCCGAUCGAAUGCUUAGCAAGCUUUAAUUUCACUAUUUCAUUACAUUCUAUUCCCGAGUUUAAAAUUACUUGCCGUUGUUCCGUUACUUUUCAAAAAGUUUGGUUAAUAGGCAUAAUUUGCAAGUCUGUUUUCUUAUUAACGUAUGUUGUAAGGAAAUUAUGUAAGGUCUAGGUAGAUGAAAAUUUGUCCUGCGCUCGAUACUGUAUCUAAAACAGUAGUUCAAUGCACUUAUUUUUUACUUAAUGGUAAUGCAAAUGGUCACAAGUUCCCGAAGUACUAAUUAGAGUGUACUAUCAGCUUCAUAAUUAAUUUUCGCAUUGUUUGUUUGGAUCGUCCUACUGGUGUUUAGGACUGCAAUUAAUUAGUUUCAUAGAUAUAUAUGCAUCCAUUGCGGAUUGCAUCGAUAUAACCUCAGUCAUAAGCAUUAUAAACAAAGAUCUAUGGUGGCUGGCAGUGGAAUCCCAGGACGCGCGCUUCUUUUUAUUUGAGACUAGUCAGUUGGGUGGAGACCAUUUGCACAUGUGCCAAUGAAGGACUGAUCGACUGCAGUCGUAAACAUCAAUGGGAAGAUUCAAACAAACAAUACAAAAUUGGUUUAUAUUAGGCCUAGUUCAGAAACUCAAGUUAAAAACAUAAGUUUAAGCCUCACAUCUUUUUAUUUGGUUUAAGUCUAAAAGUUAAUUUCAUUCUUUAGUUAAAAUUUUACAAACAAAAACACCCAUUGCAUCAUGAAAACAAGCAUAUGGCUUAAGAAGACCAUGGAAACAGAAAAAUAAAUGUUUGGAUCAAUUGUUUAACAAUUUAGUAGUAUGCAAAAUGAGUAUGAUAAUUACAUCUUUAAUAACUGUAGAAUUCUGUAUAAAAUUUUAGAAAACUUAAAAAAUCUAUCCACUAGACCAUAUUCUAGUUUUCAUGCAGUUCUAUUAGUUAAAAGUUUAGGAAAUCGUUCAAGUUUAGCUUUUUAUGUAACUAAUAAGUAAAAUCUAAAUCUUUAUGUGUCUAAGGUCAACAAAAUAAUUUCGGCUGGUUGUUAGAUUCACUAUAAAAACCCUUUUGAAUUUAAUCACCAAACUCUAAUGUGCAACAAACAACUGAGAAUUAAACCUGUGUUUCUGCUGUCAUGUGGGUCUUUCAAUCCAGUUACUGUAAUGCACAUGCGAAUGAUGGGUAAGUCAUCUUGUAUUGAUGCAAAAGUAUUCUAUAAUAGUUUAUUACGUAUGUAAGUAAAGGCCUUAUUGAUAAGGACUUUGGAGCGAUUGAGUUAAUGAAAACAAUGAGGCAUUAACCUUUUACUGCACAUCACCUAAAUGACUAUUCAGAGUUAAUAAUGUCUGUUUCGUUUUAAUCAAUACAUUCAAUGUUUGGUUAUUGUGGUAAUAAGGGGUCUGGAUAUGUUCAUGUUUCGUUACAUUGGAAGCUUGGUUUCUUCGUCCUUCGAUUAAACACACAACUCAACCUAAAUAAUCUCGUAGCCCCGUUUUAACGGGGUUCAAUCAUCGUCUAUAGGGUAUUGGAAAGUCAAGUAUAACCAACUAAAUGAUCUGAGUCUGUUUCAUAUAUAUUGCAAUCCUUAAAUAAUGUUUAUCUACAAAAUUAAGGGCGCAGAUAUUUCGCCGUUACCACUUAUCAAUUUUUGAUGAAUAAGAUUGUCUUUAAUUUAAAACUUAAUUAGAUCUGUUACUUUCGUCAAUGAGAGCUUAUUUAUAGAGUUUAUUUAUGAAGAGUUCUUGUACAAUAUGACACCAUAGCUUCAUGGGACAAGAUAAAGCGAUAAGAUCUCGAAGAAGUAGUGGAGGUAAAGUCGUAUAGCUAACAAAUAAAUAGUUCCAAGUGGUGAGAAUAAAGAAUAGUGAUAAAUAUAUCUAGAUCAAAGAAAUACAAUCGGUAAUUUUUUCAAAUAACAGAAUUCACUUUGUCUCUAUGAUGAGUCUAAUGGAAACUGGAGCAUUAUUCGCACUGAUUUCCACUCUGAGCCAUAUCUUAUGACAUCUGUAGCCACUUAGUUCUAUGGUCACUAGAACUUAAAGCAACCAAUCCGGAUAAACAGACAAAUCCCCGUCUCAUACAUUUUUUUCGUACUAUGGUGCCAUUCGAGAAACGGAUCACCUUUCCACUUUCUCCACUUAGCGUUGACAAAUAAUACGCGAUGUGAUAGUUAAUCAAACGACUUCUAUAAAACAUUUCAAAGUCACCAAAGCUAUCAUUUUAUUUAACUUAUUGAUCGAGCGCAGGCUAAUAUUCAGUCCUUUCAGCCUAGAAGGGUUAUCCUAAGACUCAAGAAAGCCACUUGAGCGACACUGUCUGUCAUUAAGUGGCGUACCAAAGAAGUAUAUAUGCUGGUCGAGUCAGAGCUCAUGAGAACUGUAAUGGAAAUUGGUGGCUUCAAGUGACGUUAGUUGGAGUUCUCUAUUUUCCCCAUGUUAACUGUCAUAGACAUGCUUUUAACAGUAACACUCAUCGUAUAAGAUUUCGGGAGUUGAUAAUCUACAAGGAGAUUCUCUUAUGGACUUAGAAUACGCAGAUGUAGUUACGUUUGGUAAAGACGCUAAAAAAUCCAGGAUCUUCUGAAUAUCUUAAACAACAGUAAUAACAUGUUUCAGAUGCGAUUCUCUCCAUUUAAAUGCAAAAUGUUGCUUUAAGACGGGUCUUCAUCAACCCCUGAACUAAGGAUAGGGAGUCAAGUAGUUGAGUGCGUCGACCAUUUUAUUUAUUUCAAAAGUCCGAUCAGCCCUAUUGGGUUGUUACUUGAUGAAAUUUCGACACAAAUCCAAAACUGUUGCCGUUUGCCAACUUGCAUCACCUAUAGAGUAGAUGAGAUAUCCGUCCACUAACCGAAGAACAAGUUUGCUGCUCAGUAGUUCCCUGUGUUUUACCACAUUUGUUUGAAACAUGACCAUUAAGAAUAGAGAAUAUUCGUUUGUUACCAGUAUUCGACCAUAGGUUUCUUUGAAGCAAUGCCCGGGUUAGUGAUAGAAUAUUAGGUAGGAAUGCAAAUCUAUUGAUGAGGUAAUCUUUUCCGGUUAAGAUGGUCAGAACAGAAUAUGUAUAGUCGUCCACCUACUACGUUGAGAUGCGAUAAUUUCUAGUAUAGGAGUAGACUGGAAAGAAGUUGGGAAUGUUCAGACCAAAAAACGGUAUCAGUCCAUGAGUAUGUUGACUUUUAAACUGGGUCAUGUUAGCAGGUGCACACUACCUAGUUGUGGUCUACGUGAUUAUCGUAACCAGUGGUUAGAGGCUUUGGGUGACAUGGCUCAGGAUCGUUCGCAGUAAUCCAGGUGCCUUCCUUUGGAUCAUUAGCUGCUAAAUCACCUUUUAAAUUGUUUUUGUUCCACUAAUCUAUAUUUUCUGGAAUCGUAUCUUCGAUGCCUAAUUUAUUUUAUCACCACUAAUACUGUUACUACGUCUACUCCUCUGUUAUUCCCCCCUGACAAUUUUAUUUCACUGUCCCAGUGGAGUAUGGCAAUUUGAUCUGUUGCACAUAUGUUCUAUAUUGCAUAUGACGGACUAGCUAUUAAAUGUCAUCUCGAAGCAUGAUGUCAACUACCUGUAUAUAUUUAUUUAUGUGAAUAUAAUUCUUACCAUCGCAGCAGCUUUCGUAUAAUUGUUUCUUAGCUCUAAAAUUGUCUGGGAAAGCCAAGUUAUAAAUAUAAGCAAAACGGUACGAGUAGUUGCAAUAAAUUAGAAUUCGUUGGUUCAUUCAAGAAAAUCCCAUGCAGAUUCGUCUAAAAACAAAUCCUCGUCAGGUUUGAUUUUAAAUAAAAAUACUUGUUUGUUGUUUUUCCCUCUGUUUAGCUACGCUCAUUAAUAAUAUCAAUUGAAAUAUUCAUAAGGUCUGCUGAAACGAGAUAUUUUUGUUUGCCAUUUACAUUUUAUUUAUUUCAAGAUGGACUUUUAAUGUUCUCAAUUGUUUAUUACUCUUUUUUUUAGAACUAGCAAGAGAUAAGAUUGAAAAUAUGCAUUUGUCAACAAAAGAAUCUCAUCAUGUUUUGUCUGAGGAGAAUAACCAGUUCACUCAAAAAGAAUAUAGUGAUGACCAUCCAAUAAAUUAUGACCAUCAGACAGUCGUCGUUGGUGGUAUAUUCAGUCCUGUGUCCAAUUUGUAUGAAAAGAAAGGUCUCCUACCUGCCUCUAUACGCGUCGAGCUUACACGAUUAGCCUGUAUUUCUGCAUCCGACUGGUUGGCCGUAAGCAAUUGGGAGUGUUCACAAUCAAGUUGGUUGAGAACUCGAAUGGUCUUAGAUCACAUUUAUAGUGUCUUGAAUAAUACGUACUCGAAGUUAAGUAACAAUGACGAAACCGAAAUUGACUCAGUUCCGAGAAAAAAGACUUGCUUCGCACCAAGCAAUUUUUAUCGUUCAUUGAUAAUUCUUGCUGGUGAUAAUAUUCAGUUGCCCAAACCAAAGUAAAUGGAGUCAGGUUGGAAACUUUUGUUGCUGAUACAGUUUACUGAUGAGUUCGUACAGACAGAAAAUGUGUACAGGGAUUCCCACUGAUUAUCUCCAAAUUUCUAAUAGCCCAUCCAUCACUUUUGUAUAAUUCCUCAUAAAAUACAAAUUCUUUUUGUCUACUAACGGCAUUUUUUACUGCGAAAAAAAGUUUACUGAGGAUGGUAUAUCCCUAUAUACCACGUGCGUAGAAGAAACUCGGUAUAAGUUCUCAUUUCGACUUAGAGAGAUUUUCGCUUAGUCAACGUUAAUGGAUUUACGUGGAUUCCAUUCACUAAAUUUCAUUGUAUUUUGUCGUUUACUUCUCAGUUCACUCUGUAACUAAUGAUCAUGGAACUAAAUUAACUCGGAUGUAAAAUCAAUCUUCUUUGGUUUCAUCCAAUAAAUCUUCUUAAUAAGAUUCGUUUCUUAUGGUAGCUAGUUGAAAGGCGCUAGAAGCGAGCAUAACGGUUGCAUACGCUAUCACAGUUGUCGUUAGAGUUAUCUAUGCAUAUUCCGCCCCAUAAUAAAUAUCCUCUUAGAAGAAGAAAACAUCUACCGAAACCGAUUUCCUAGUACUCAGUCGUAGUUUCGUAAUUGAUCUUUGUAACAACUUUUUAGUGUAUAAAGCUUUAUUUAUCUCUUCCGUAGUACACUAACUACAAAGUGCCUUGUUUUCAAUUAUACAUACAUCUUCAUCUGUCAGGAGUAAAUUCUUUUAGGUGUAUCCACUUAUUAAUUUCUUUAUUUUCUAGCCACUGAUGGUUUAAUUAAUGAACACAACGAACAAACGAAACUUUCAUCACUAGAAGGCAUGGCGACUGACCUCUGGCUUAAGAGUUGCUUUCAUCUUGACUCUCUUAUUGAUAUUAGUAACAUAAAAUGUAGCGAAAACCAAGUACAUGAUACUAAUGAUGAUCAUUUCAACAGCAAUCUCUUCACUUCAUUAUCAUCUGUAGAUAGAUCAUGUUACUGUCGCAAAAACAAUACCGCAAACGUUUUGCUAUCAAAGCCUUGUGUGAAAUUAGUUUGUGGUGCUGAUCUUCUGGAAUCAUUCAAAACUCCAAAUUUGUGGUCAGCAGAAGAUAUUGAAACGAUUGUUCGUGACUAUGGUAUAAUUUGUAUUAGUCGACCUUCAUAUGAGCCUUUAAAAAUUAUCAAUGAGUCAAACAUUUUGGGCAAAUAUAAGGUAAUUUGUUUGGAUUUGUUACACAGAAUAUUAUUUGGAAACACUGAUGAGAAAUUACCAUAAAUGCUUGUAUUUGAAAUGUUUUUACCUGUUGUUAUAGUAAGAAUAUACAGAUGACUUAAUAAUGUAGAUUUGAAAUUAAUAGAGAAAGAAGUUAGAUCGAUAUUUGAUUGGUUUGCUUACAAAUUUCUAAUUUGGUUACCGCCUACAAUACCGUCAAGUUAUGGGUAAAACGAGUACAAAUAAACAGUAAUUGUGAAGGUUUUCGUUCUUCUGUUUAUUGGUAAUCAGGAUUGUAUUUGGCCAACCUUUAUUGUUAGGGAAUGUGACCAAUGAAUAAGAGAAUACGAACCCUUAAAAAUUAUAUCAUAUCCGCUGAACAUAUCAGUGGCUAUAUGGAUUUAGUAUUUUUUCGUUUGAUACUGGGUUCGAGGUUCAAUAUGAAAAUCAAAACUGGGAUACAUAUAUCCGGCUGACAAGUCCUAAUUAGGUCGGAAUCCUUAUCUUGGAUUUCAUUGUUGAUCACAUUCUGGAACUAUGAAAUUAUUGUAACUGUGGUGCAUGCAUGUAUGGUUUUCAUAUUUUAGGAAAGCACUGUGUAAUUUUAGAUAAAAUAACAAAUUGGUUUUCCCCACCAAGUCUUUGUUUACUACAUAACUAUAUUUGUCAGUUGGAUAUGUUUGGUAACUGAUAACAUCGUCUGAAAUAUGUUAGACUCCUUAUGCCGAUCUACAUUGGACUUCUUUUUUUAACCUGAUGUACUUAUAAAAAAACCGUCACAGUUACAAUGCGAAAUACUUGCCGAUGCCAAAUGCAUGCUUCUCGAGAGCAAUCAUUUGCUAAACAUAAAAUAUGUCAUGCUUUAUCGUCCGUUUAAAUUAAGUCCGAUUAUUUCAAGAUCAGUACACUCAACUUUAACUCCGCCUGUAGCUCUUGUGGGGCUACUGCCGGUCCCAAGCCCGGGUAAAGGAGGAGGGUUGGACAUGGGGUCGGCAACCCCAUCCUGUAGAAGAAAAAUGUUGCUAAAGUAACGCCAACCAGAUUAAACAAAGUAAACCAUCUAAACUGUGCCCUCCUAGGUGAAGGAGAAAUUAUGACGCCUCAUGAUGGAAGCUGAGAUUCUUCGGAAGUCACGAGGUCGGUACCCCUUCUAAUAAUCAUAGCAACAAUUAAUGUAGGUACAUCGAACGUCCGGACAUUGUGGGAAACCUGAAGGACCAAUCAAAUAGUUAUGGAAAUACAAGUUGGCGGUUCUCGGAAUUAGCGAAACCCGGAGGACCCAAGCUGGACAGCAAACGUUACCCGCGAAGGGAGAAUGCUCUACACACUCAGUGAGUUGCUCUGAUGCUGUUCGAAGAAGCACGUAAUGCGCUUAUAGGAUGGGAAGCUCAUUGACCCAGGAUCAUUAAAGCAUCCUUCACAACAAAUGAGGGGAUUACAAUGAAUGCUAUCCAACGUUAUGCACCCACAAGUGAUAGCAAUGACGACGAUAACGAUCAGUUCUACAAGAUGCUGCAAUCAAUCACAGUGAAGUGCCCAAGAAAGGAUCUCUCCAUCCGGAUGGGAGACCUAAGCGCCAAAGCCGAAAUGGACAACACCAAUGUUGCACAUGAGCUCCAGUAUCUUGAGGGAACAAAUGGCGUAUGAACUAAUUAUUGGUCACCGGCUACCAUGAGACCGCAACGACUUACGAUGCUCCACUGCCUUAGGGAUCAGACCUUCAGGUCGAAGGCUCCGGGUGUGGUCUCCUGAGAAAACCACCUGCUUCGGUUCGGGCACCCGGGCAGUAUCACAGCCCUAACACAAAUCAAAUGAGAUUUGUGUGGUGCAUAAUUAUCUGGUGCCCCCUUGUAUCAAUAUCUAUGUGUCCAAAUAAAUAAACCACCCAAAGUGAUUUAAGCAUGGUUUUACUGGUGAUUGACUGGAUUAUGAAGGCCUCCUCAUCUGAAGGGAAGCAAGGAAUACAAUGAACAUCUUGGAUACAAGUAGACGAUUUGAACUUCUUAAAUGACCUGAUACUUCUAUCCCGUACACACAAGCAAAUGCAGGUGAAGACAACUAGUGUAGCAGCAGUCUCUGCAUCAGCAGACCUCAACAUACGCAAAGUAAAGAAAAGAUUCUGAAAUUCAACACAGAGAACACCAACUCAAUCACACUUGAUGGAGAAGUUCUGGAAGAUAUGGAAACAUUCACGUACCUAGUCAGCAUCAUUGGUAAACAAGGACGAUCCAAUGCAGAUGUAAAGGCGAGGAUUGGCAACGCAAGAACAACAUUCCUACAGUUGACGAGCGUAUGAAACUCAACGCAACUGUCAACCAACAUCAAAGUCAAAAUCUUCAUUGCGAACAUCAAGACAGUUCUACUGUACGGAGCUGAAACUAAGAGAACUACUACAGCCAUCAUCGAAAAGAUACUAGUAUUUAUGCACAGCUGUCUGCGCAAUAUACUUCAUGUUCGUUGGUCAAAUACCAUGAGCAACAUCCUACUGUAGGAGCGAACAAACCAGGCUCCAUCUGAAGAGGAAAUUAGGUAAUGGCGUUGGAAGUGGACAGAACACGUUGAGGAAAUAAUCAAACUUCACGAGGCAAGCGCUAACUUGAGAUCCUGAAGGGAAACGAAAAAAUGGAAGGCCGAACAAUACACUGCGUCGGGAAUUGGAAGCAGACAUGAAAAGGAUAAAUAGCAACUGGAAAGAACUGCCCAAGACAGAGUUGGAUGGAGAAUGCUGGUGAGCGGUCUGUGCUCCUCCAUGAGGUGUAACAGGCGUAAUUAGGUAAGUAUAUUCAUAUUUAAACCUUAGAUUGUCAUAUAUGUGUAUUAAUGAAAAGGCAAAAUGUAAUGCAUCUAGCUAGUCAUUUAUUAUCAGCGUAAGUGAACUUACAGUAAGUACCAAUAUAUAAUUUACAAAAUGCUCUUAAACUAUCAAUUACAGAUACCCCACAAGGCAUAUUUCAUAACGUAAACGAUUUCCAAUCAUUUUUAGAACUUUAAAACAGUGAGAGUUUAGGGAGACUUCAUGUUGAUAAGUACGUUUAUAAUCAAGCAUAGAUUUAUUAAGGUAGUUUACUCAUGCACAGAAAUCAUUAUUACUGAUAGAUGCAAUAUUUGUUUAGUUAUUUUCCAAUGUAUAUCUGAUUUUUCCAAUAUUUCACUUAGGAUAAUAUAAGUUUAGUGAUAGACAAUUGUCAGAAUUCACUAAGCUCUACUUUCGUACGUCAUGCUUUAUCAAAUGGUAAAAGUGUACGUUACCUCGUUCCAGAUCGUACUUUGGAAUAUAUUUAUACACAUAAAUUAUAUGAUGCCAAAAAAAGAUGUGUUAAUUUACUUGAAUCGAAGACUAGAACAGAAGUACAACACUAAUUACCAAAGAUUUCAUGGUGCAUUUUUCAAACAGUUGAAUCAUUUGAUUAUUCUUGUUAACAUAAAAUUGUAAAUACACCUUGAUAUACGUAUAUUACUCAUGUUGAUUGGAUUAAAUUUCUUGAAAUUGUGCAAUUACUUCAUUUUAUGAUUCUAUCCUGUAAAAUGAUUUACUUAUCACGCUAUCAUUUGAAAUAAACUUAUACAAUUAAUUUGCUACUCAUCUGCCUAAUUCUAUCAUUUCAGUCGUCAUAAAUGUUGAAAAUAUGUGGUAAAUGUAUUUCAUGCUAAUUUCGCGAAACGUAGUUUAGAGUAUCGUUUCAUCAAGUGUUAUGUGAAAUGUAACAACAAAACAAUUAAAUUGUCUACGCGAUAGAAACAAUGUGUAAAACAUGACUAAGUUGCUACACUUUUUUAGUUAUACAGUAGUAAAGAAAAUAUUUAUUCAGAAAAAGAUAACAUUGUUAAUGUAAUAUCUGCGUAAUUCUCUUCGUUACUUAAAACGGUGAGUGGAAUAAGCUAGAAUUCAAACAGACUUUUUGUUGGGAUCUGAGCAUUAUAUAAUAUCGGUAAUAUAUGUUCUGUACAUCAUUUUAAAAUGACUGCAUUAACUUAACAUCUCCACUAAAUCAUUCUAAAAAUAUUCUCCCGGAUUUUUAUUGUAUUGUAAAUAAAUAUACAAUAUCCCAAUUCGUAAAAGAAAUAGGAAAAAUUAGACUGGAUUUUUCUUGCGACGAAAUCACCAGUGAUAUUCUGUCAGGGACAAUGAAGCACAUGAGUCUUGGGAAAUCACUUUCAGCUUUGCUUCUCAAACUGGAAAAAUUACUAGAUACGUCGAACCACUCAAUAUCUAGUCAUUUAAAGUUGUAACAAUGUUAUCAUACACAACAUUGGUGGUUUUUGUGUAUUAAACACAAACUGUAUACCUUGGUCUUUAAUCAAAAUGGCAGUAAUAACGCAAUAUCUGUAGUUGACCAAUGAAUUUUUUAAUAACACCAUAAGUGCCUUUGUUAAACAAAGUGUCUAUUCUUAUCUGUUUAUUGCAACGAAUUCCUGGGAGUUAGUGAAUUGCAAGUUGAAAUAAGUACACAUGAAGUCUACCCAUCCUUGAUAUGACGAAUUCGCUCCCAUACUUAUGUAGACCACAGAAGAUCAAGUAACGCUGAAUCUAAGACGGUCUAAAACUAAAUUACAAUACUGAGUGACAUUAAGUUCUUUGAAGUCAAUGAGUUUGUCGAUCAAAGGUGUUAUAGAAGCACCGGUUGGAAUGUUUAAGUAAUAAUUAUUCGAUCUCAAAGUUAAAUCAUGUUUUGUGUAUCGCCGUCCACUGCAAUACUAAGCGAAUUAAAAAUGGAUGUUAAGGUUGAUGAACCAAAGCAUCUGAAGGAAUGC